UUUUUAUCGAAUUGGAAUCGCGGGAAAAAGGAGAGGAAGGUAUCUGAAGAUCUCGCGAGAUGGACUGAGCUAGGCUAGUCAGAAUUAGGCGGUCUCUCGCGAUACGUACAGGAAGCUGUCAGCUGGUGGAAGGGAAAUGUGGUGAGGCCUCUCGCGAGACUUGAAGGUACCGCAGCGGCCAGGAGGACAGAACCGGAAGUCCUUAGUCGUGAGCGUCCGAUGCUGGAAGCGGCCUGACUUUCUUUGCCGGAAACUCUUCCAGGGGAUGGGAAGACGGCCCACCUGGCCGGAAGUCCCACCCCUUUGAGCUCUCCCACCCUUCCAGAAGUUUUUCUGUCACCUGUGCUGGUCUCUGUCCCCUUUCCAGGUUUUAUUCCUAUACCAGAAAAGGAUUAUUUUUAGUCUCUCCCUCCCAGCUCCAAUAGACUAGUUGGGUACCUCACUCCCCGAGUCGGAGGUCCUUCCCCGAGCCCCCAUGUAGGUGGGAAGUGGGACCUGGGGGUGGUUGGACCCCUGGGAUCCUGAAGGAGGGCCAGAGAGGGCGCAGAACUCCGUUUCUGUUCCUCUUACCCGGACGCGGCCCCCUCCGCCUCUCCUCCCGCUGCCAUGCACCCUGCGGCCUUCCCGCUUCCUGUGGUUGUGGUCACUGUGCUGUGGGGAGCGGCCCCCAGCCGGGGGCUCAUUCGAGCGAUCUCGGACCACAAUGCCAGCAUGGACUUUGAAGACCUCCCAGCUCUCUUUGGGGCUGCUUUGAGCCAGGAGGGACUUCAGGGCUUCCUUGUGGAGGCUCACCCAGACAAUGCCUGCAGCCCCAUUGCCCCACCACCCCCAGCCCCGGUCAACGGGUCAGUCUUUAUUGCACUGCUUCGAAGAUUCGACUGCAACUUUGACCUCAAGGUCUUGAAUGCUCAGAAGGCUGGGUAUGGUGCAGCUGUGGUACACAAUGUGAAUUCCAAUGAACUUCUGAACAUGGUGUGGAAUAGUGAGGAAAUCCAGCAGCAGAUCUGGAUCCCAUCUGUGUUUAUUGGGGAGAGGAGCUCCGAGUACCUGCGUGCCCUCUUUGUCUACGAGAAGGGGGCUCGGGUGCUUCUGGUCCCAGACAAUAGCUUCCCCUUGGGCUAUUACCUCAUCCCUUUCACAGGGAUUGUGGGACUGCUGGUUUUGGCCAUGGGAGCAGUGAUGAUAGUUCGUUGCAUCCAGCAUAGGAAACGACUCCAGCGAAAUCGACUGACCAAAGAGCAGCUGAAACAGAUCCCUACACAUGACUAUCAGAAGGGAGACCAGUAUGAUGUGUGUGCCAUCUGCCUGGAUGAAUAUGAGGAUGGGGACAAGCUGAGGGUACUCCCCUGUGCUCACGCUUAUCACAGCCGCUGUGUGGACCCCUGGCUCACUCAAACCCGGAAGACCUGCCCCAUCUGCAAGCAGCCUGUGCAUCGGGGUCCUGGGGAUGAUGAGCAGGAGGAAGAAACCCAGGGGCAAGAGGGUGAUGAGGAAGGGGAGCCAAGGGACCAGCCUGCCUCAGAACGGACCCCUCUUCUGGGCUCCAGCCCCACACCUCCCUCCUCAUUUGGCUCUCUAGCUCCAGCACCCCUUGUCUUUCCUGGGUCUUCAACAGACCCCUCGCCCUCUACCUCUUCAGCUGCCAUCCUGGUUUAAUACUCCCCCCCACACCACCUCUGAUGACCUAUUUGCACAGCCCCUCUUCCUCUCUUGUCUUCUACUUUUGAGGGAUAGGAGAUACUUCCACCCCAGAUUUCUCCCCUUAUCCACCUCCAUCCUUUUGAAGGGGUUGGGGGUACAAAGGGACAGGGUCUUCACUUACUGGGUUAAUAAAAUUGUUUUUGUGGACUAA